AGUUUCCCACAAUGCCCCGGUGCGGUGCAGCCGCGGAUGGAUGCUGCGGGAAGGGGCUGCCAUUUGCUGCCCCUGCCAGCGGCGCGCGGACCUGCCCGCGCUCCCGCCGCCUCCAGCGCCCUCAGCCCGGCCGGCCUCUGCAGCGGCACCGCCUCGGCUUCUUCCGCGGCCGCCGGAGCGGUCGCCAUGAACCCCAGCUCCUCGGCGGGAGAGGAGAGAGGGGCGACGGGCGGUAGCAGCAGCAGCGGAAGCGGCGCCGGGAGCUGCUGCCUGGGCGCCGAGGGCGGCGUGGACCCGCGGGGUGCAGGGGCAGCGGCGGCUGCUGCCUUGGAGGAGCCCGCGGCCGCCGGACAGAAAGAGAAGGAAGAGGCGCUGGAGGAGAAGCUGAGGGACUUAACUUUCCGGAAGCAGGUCUCUUACAGGAAAGCCAUCUCCCGGACAGGCCUCCAGCAUCUGGCUCCUGCACAUCCUCUUGGUCUUCCUGUGGCAAACGGUCCAGCGAAGGAGCCCAGAGCGACUCUGGACUGGAGUGAGAAUGCUGUGAAUGGGGAGCACCUAUGGCUGGAGACCAACGUCUCGGGGGACCUCUGCUACUUGGGGGAGGAGAACUGCCAAGUCCGAUUUGCAAAAUCCGCUCUCAGGAGGAAGUGUGCUGUCUGCAAAAUUGUGGUCCACACCGCCUGCAUUGAGCAACUAGAGAAGAUUAAUUUCAGAUGUAAACCUACAUUUCGGGAAGGAGGCUCCAGAUCGCCAAGAGAAAACUUUGUGCGCCAUCACUGGGUCCACAGGAGGCGGCAGGAGGGAAAAUGUAAGCAGUGUGGUAAGGGCUUCCAGCAAAAGUUCUCCUUCCACAGUAAAGAGAUCGUGGCCAUCAGCUGUUCUUGGUGCAAGCAGGCGUUUCACAAUAAAGUGACCUGCUUCAUGCUGCAUCACAUCGAGGAACCCUGCUCCCUGGGGGCUCAUGCUGCUGUUAUUGUCCCGCCCACCUGGAUCAUUAAGGUGAAGAAACCUCAGGUGAUCUCCAUACCAGGAGAUGAACUUGAACUUGGUUGGGCGGGAGACGGACCUGGUUGGGCGGGAGACUGGAGCCCCUCAGAGAAUUUGGGAUUCUUCCAUUUUUACUGGGAGGGUUGGCAGAACUCCCUGAAGGCUUCCAACCGGAAGAAGAAAAGAACAAGUUUUAAAAGGAAAGCCAGUAAAAGAGGAACCGAGCAGGAAAACAAAGGUCGUCCUUUUGUGAUCAAGCCCAUCUCCUCUCCUCUCAUGAAGCCUUUGCUUGUCUUUGUGAACCCAAAGAGUGGGGGAAACCAGGGAACCAAAGUCCUACAGAUGUUUAUGUGGUACCUGAAUCCACGGCAAGUCUUUGACCUUUCUCAGGAAGGGCCAAAAGAUGCGCUGGAGCUGUACAGGAAGGUACCAAAUCUGCGAAUUCUGGCCUGCGGUGGGGAUGGAACGGUGGGCUGGAUCCUCUCCAUCCUGGACGAGCUGCAGCUGAGCCCACAGCCUCCUGUGGGGGUGCUUCCGCUGGGGACUGGGAACGACCUGGCUCGGACGCUCAACUGGGGAGGGGGUUACACCGAUGAGCCUGUUUCUAAGAUCCUGUGCCAGGUGGAAGACGGGACCAUUGUACAGUUGGAUCGCUGGAACCUCCAUGUGGAGAGAAACCCAGACUUGCCACCUGAAGAACUUGAAGAUGGCGUGUGUAAGCUUCCUCUGAAUGUCUUCAAUAAUUACUUCAGCCUUGGAUUUGACGCUCAUGUCACAUUGGAGUUCCAUGAAUCCCGAGAAGCAAAUCCAGAGAAAUUCAAUAGUCGUUUUCGAAAUAAAAUGUUCUAUGCGGGGGCAGCCUUUUCUGAUUUCCUACAGAGAAGUUCUAGAGAUCUAUCCAAGCACGUCAAAGUUGUUUGUGAUGGGACAGACCUCACUCCAAAGAUCCAGGACCUGAAGUUCCAGUGUAUAGUAUUUUUAAAUAUUCCCAGAUAUUGUGCUGGCACAAUGCCUUGGGGAAACCCUGGAGAUCAUCAUGACUUUGAACCCCAGCGUCAUGAUGAUGGUUACAUUGAAGUCAUCGGAUUCACUAUGGCCUCUUUGGCUGCCCUGCAAGUCGGGGGCCACGGAGAAAGGUUGCACCAAUGUCGGGAAGUGAUGCUUCUGACGUACAAGUCCAUUCCCAUGCAAGUGGACGGGGAGCCAUGUAGGUUGGCGCCUGCUAUGAUUCGGAUCUCCUUGAGGAAUCAGGCCAACAUGGUACAGAAGAGCAAGCGGAGAACCUCAAUGCCUUUGCUCAAUGACAUCCAUCAGGUGCAAGCUGCGGACCUGCGGCGAGUGUCUGCUCCCCCCGGCUCCUUCACCAUUCCCCAGUCUGUCCCAGAUCGCCUGAGGAUCCGCGUGAACAAAAUCAGUUUACAAGACUAUGAAGGACUCCACUAUGACAAGGAGAAACUCCGGGAAGCGUCCAUCCCCCUGGGUAUUCUAGUUGUUCGUGGAGACUGUGAUUUGGAGACUUGCCGUAUGUACAUAGACCGCCUGCAGGAGGACUUGCAGUCAGUUUCUUCUGGGUCACAGAGAGUUCAUUACCAGGACCAAGAAACUUCCUUCCCCAGGGCGAUCUCAGCUCAGAGGCUGUCCCCACGGUGGUGCUUCCUAGACGCAACUUCUGCUGACCGCUUUUAUCGAAUAGACAGAUCUCAGGAACAUUUGCACUUUGUGAUGGAGAUUUCUCAUGAUGAGAUUUUUAUUCUGGACCCAGAUAUGGUGGUGUCACAGCAGGCAGGGACACCUCCAGGAAUGCCAGACCUAGUGGUUGAACAGGCUUCUGGGCUGUCUGACUGGUGGAACCCUGCCCUGAGGAAACGUAUGCUGAGUGACAGUGGGAUGAUCACACCCCACUAUGAGGACUCAGAUCUGAAAGACUUCAGCCACUCCAGAGUGCUACAGUCACCAGUCUCUUCGGAAGAUCAUGCAAUUCUGCAGGCAGUCAUAACUGGUGACCUUAUGAAGCUCAUGGAAAGCUAUAAGAAUGGAGGGAGUUUAUUAAUUCAGGGACCCGGGCACUGUUCCCUCCUUCACUACGCAGCCAAGACUGGCAAUGGGGAGAUCGUGAAGUACAUCCUUGACCAUGGACCUGCGGAAUUACUGGACAUGGCAGACAGUGAAACGGGUGAGACUGCACUGCACAAGGCCGCCUGCCAAAGGAACCGGGCUGUAUGCCAGCUUCUGGUGGACGCAGGAGCAUCUCUGAGACAGACAGACUCCAAGGGAAAGACACCCCAAGAGCGAGCACAGCAGGCUGGGGACCCGGAUUUGGCUGCUUACCUAGAAAGCCGACAGAACUAUAAGAUCAUUGGCCACGAAGACCUGGAAACUGCUGUUUGACCCUGGUAGACAGUCAAGAAGAACUUGAUCAAGCGUAUCACCUGGUGCGCCCUCCCAGCCACUGGGCAGCUCCCCUGGAAGAAGCUAACGGAAUCCAUAUCCGCCUCUCUCCCGCAAGGCUCUCUCUGAGAAAAUGCUAUCAGGUUUUAAGGGCUACGGGGAUGUACAACAGGACAUGAUAGCCCAUUGAGAAGGGGGCAGGCUACCGGAGAUUUGUGGAGUACACGUUCCACAAAAUCUGAUCCUUAUUGCUUCCAGCAAGUAGCAUGGACUUCUGUGUUCACCCCUCUAAUUUAUUUUAAAGAUUCUGAAGAUUUUCACUGCUCCCCCCUCCCUCUUGGCAUCCAUCUCUCCCCUGUACCUCAUAACUCUACUGUAAUCACCCAUCGACUUAGAAAACAUGCUCUCGUCUCUUUAUUUUCAGUCUUCCAACCACAACAUUGUCUAAAGGUCUUUGAAACCCUCCCGGAUGUCUUACAGAAAUAUAUCUAUGAAACCACUUCCAUUUGCAGACUAAAUAUACCAAGAGUAGCUAGUGGCUUUGCAUGUCCCACCCCCACCCCCGGGGUUUCAUCACAUAGGAGCUGGGAAGUGCCACGGGGCUAAUGUCAACUUGUGUGCUCUGUCUCUGGGGGACGGUGAGGUAGUAUGGGAGCUGUCUGUGCUUGAGGUACUUCACAGAUGUUACCCAGAGAUAGCUCAGGAAGCUGGGCUGUCGGUGACAGGCAGGACUGGUUCAGCUUGGGCUAUCUGUACAGCUCUGCUCUGCCUGCGUGCAGCUGUCUUCACCUUCUGCUGCAGUAGAGAUGAGCCGGGGAGGCAAUGAACCCCCAUAACUAGUUUACAGAGUCGUGUGAUUCUAUGUGCUGUUUCAAUGGCAGGGUUGAACCUGUCUUGGGCAGCGGUUAUAGGAAAUGGAGCACUCAGAUGUUUCGUCCUAAUCUUCGUAAAGUGAUAACAGAAAGCAGUCUAAUCGACUUGAAAAACAUUGCAAAAAUAAAAGCAGCAGUGUAUGUCACAAUAGUACAGGAGAACAGCCUUUGGCAUUUGGGGCUGAGGCUAAUAGCUACAGGCUCAUGGAUACCGUGGCGAAAGGGAGUUUGUGUGUGUGAUUCUAAAAGUUCAGUUUUCAUGACAUCAAGGAAGGCCCGAGGAAGGCCACAUUUCACCAGUACCAUGGUCAGAUUCUCAGGACGCCUGGCCCUUCCUGGUCUGUGCUUCACCUAUGACUUUUUAGGUUCUGAGAUCAUGUCUGAUGAUACCAUUUCCUGUGUAUUAGGGAGAAUCUAUUUUGCUCCUUUUCCUACUUUAUUUUCUCCUCUUACAAAUUUCUUAAUAUAGGCCACUGUGGCAGAAAUGGUUUCUAAAAUUGUCACUUCUGUUCCUGUCAUGGAUCGGGUAGGACCUGGUAGUAAGGAGGAGAAAAUACCCAACCUCCUCGACUUAGAGUGUAGGUCAGAAAUAUAAGUGGGGUAUGCAAUUGUUUCCUUCUGCUUUCUUCCACCUUUCUCCUAAACACAGCAAAAUGCUUCCUCUGCAUUUCUGCACGUGACCUUUAACCUCACAGUCCAAUGGGGACAAUUUACUCAUCAGAAUCACAAAUCAUCAUCUUGAAAGGACGGACAUGAUGUGCCAUAUUAGGUGUAAGGAGGCUUUGAGUGGGAAGGGAUUUCAUUACCAGAGACUCCCAAUAGUGAUUUCAAGACCAAACUUGGCAUCGUAUCCAGCUGUGAGGAAAUGGGUUGGCUAAGAGUAAUGUGUUUCUAGGCAUCCAUCUCAGAGCUGGAACUCUCUUUGGACUAGAUCAUUUCCAGGAGUUGGAGUCGCCGGGUUUCUGUUAGUUUUCCAGUUGUUGAGGCUGUCAAGGAAAUGUUGUGAUGACAAACCUAAUCCCUAGAACGGACUGGAGCCCGGCUCUGACUGGAACCUUCUACCCCCUCGAUUAAGCAAAGCAGUUGGUUAUCCAGCUGGCCACUGCUGAGAUGCAGGACCGUAUUUUCAUCAACCACCAUCUCAUAUUUCCCCGAGAAGGUUUCAGAACAGCCCAGAGAAAAUUUAGGAUCGAUGUGGUUAUGAGCCAAUUUCAAUAACUCCCAGAUAAGUAAAUCCCUAGAAUGAAGGUAGAUGGAGUACUGACUACUGUAAGGGUCCCAGCACUGUAGAAAUUUAUUCUCAAACACCUAAAAAUAAUUUAGAUCAGACAUUACCGCAGAGGAGCAACGUACUCUACAUGAUCCAUUUCUGGAAGAUACAGUACCUCUGAAACUUGGGAUGGCAAGAAAAUGUGAGCAGAGAAGGCACGAUUUCAUGAUUUUACCCACCUUAAGUCUGUCUCCUGUAGGAUGUUUUGUUUUGUUUGGCUUUGCUUUAGUUGUUUGUUAUGUGUGAUAGUUCUGAGCGCUAGGAAGAGCUAAGGCCGUGUGGUCCAGGAGUGCCCGUCUCUGCUUAGGCAUAUAAUGUCACGUGCAGGGAACCAACAGGAGGUGCGGAAGAAAAUGGUACAGUGCUAGCCACACAACUUUAUCAGACAUAAAAAUAUGUACCUGUAACAAAUUAUCUUAACACAGCCUGCUGGGGACACUCUGCAAGGAGCAGCCAGCCUAGCUGAUUCUCUAAUGUCCAGUCUCUUGUGUCUUCUUUGGAAUUCCUCUUUAAAUUAGGCUGGUGGGAGCAUGAAAAAUGAAGUGUUAUUAAAAGAGAGUGUUCUAUAGCUGUAAAGGUAAUCAUUUUUGUGACCUUGUAUUACGUAGAUCAUGAAACAUUAGCCCAAUCCUUGACACUACCACAUUGGCCAACACAAGAGAGACAGGAGAGAAUUAGUUACCCUAGAAGGAUAAACAGCACGACUUGGAAUCUUGCCUCGAGAUUUCUGGCUACCAUUGUAGAGGCGAUGAUUGAAACCCAGUGGGAGUUCUGAGGCAGAAUUCAGCUGCAGCGAAAUUAGUAAGAAAUGGUAGAAGGCCCCUGUGCCCUGAUUCUUCCUGUUUUCCCAGAAGCUGCCCAGGCACAUUGGUCUGAGUUCUGAGAUGCUCAACGGGUCAGUCCUUUCUCCCCUGGGGCCUAGUAGAGACUCUUUUGCGUGAUGGAUCUCAGAAAUGUGUUUGCUAGAAUCCUUAGGCUAUACAUGUCUGAAAAAUAAGGUGUAGCAAUUUCAUCUUACCACACGUCAAUUACAUGAACACACAGUUUAGUUAUGAAAGCAGCACAUGCAUUUUACGAAAGUCCUAACUCCAUGAGAAGUAUCCCGUGCAGCAUGUAGGAGUCCUCUGUGCUGGUGUCCCGCCUCAGGACCUAAUGAGAAACACUGCCAAUGUGGGCAAACAUGCUUGCUUGUAUGUCAUGUCAGAAAAGUCUCACUCGCGUACACACAUAUCUGUACAUGCACACAUAUAUCCACCCAUACAUAAAUAGAAGUGUAUUUAUUUGUAUACAUAUAUGGGCAUAUAUGCCAUACGCACAUAUUGCAUAUGUUUAGAAAAGAAGACAUUUUGUAAGCAUGCAAGUCACCUUCAUGUGUAUAGUUAACACUCAUAGGCAGUGAUUGGGAGAGAAACAGGAUUUUCAUUUCAUUGUUAUUUCCUCUAUUCCUGAGCUUCCUUCUAUCCCUGCAAAGCUACAGUUGCACAUGGCACUGGGUAUUGCGAGAGUCAUAAAGGCCAUGACCAGUAAGUCUUCUGAUUAUUUACACGUUGCCUUGCAUGGUACAUGAAACCACCCUGAGUCCUGCGGCCUGUCCAUGCUAUUUUCAGAUCUCCAGGCAGUAAAGGAGAACGAUUCCCUCUAUGAUCUCCUCACUGCUUCAAAGCUGAGUUUAGGAGACUAACACCCAGUUGGCUUUCUGAUGCUCUUCAACUAGGGCAGGCUGUUGUUGGGGAGAAGGGGUAGUUUCUUGAGUUUGGAGCAGCUUGCCUUCCAGUAGGAGAAGCUAAUUAAAUCAUUGAGCACAGCAUGGUGUUUUAUUCAGUUAUGCUCUUUAAAAGUAAAAAUAGAUCUUCGUUAAAAAUGGCUCGCCAUAACCACCAACUAAGGCUGCUAAUUGCUCUCUGCAACUGAGUUCUGUUCGCGUUAGGGAAAGAAAGACCGUGUAUUUAAAUUAGCUAUCUGAACACACUGUAAUAUGUAUUUAGUAUAAACUCCCUCUGCCCAUGUCUCAAAAAGGCUGCCUUUGUAACUCUCAGUUCUUCUCAGGACUGAGCGCCACAGUGAGCCCAUGAAAUGUCUUCUUCCAGAAUCAUCACUCACGGCUUGCCCACCUCCCUCCCCCCCAGUUCUCUGCCUCAGGCAACAUUGUAGGCACCACCGCCUAUCACUUUGUUUCAUAGCUGCCUAAAUCUUCCCCAGAUGUUAUAAUAAAAAAUCUAUCACGAUAAAAUUUCCUUUUGGGGGCAGGUACCCAUGUUGCCCAAAGGAUAAGAACAUGCCUACUGACCUUGGCCGCCUUACAGAACAGUUGAUUCUUAGAAGCAGUCUGGGAGGUUUAGUUUAUUCUUUUGUUUUAGUGACCUGAGAGGUCAUAGACAUAGACACUCCUUCCACAUUAGAUGGUGUAAGCAACAUGUGCUUUUAACAUCACCCAGAGAACUGGAUUAUAUAUGGGUUAUACUUUUGAGGGCAACCUAUGGAUUUUAAGGCUGUUAAUGUGCUUAGGGAGAAACCUAAAAACAGAAAUAAAUGAAGAAUACCACACUGGAAAUCCGCUCAUGCAGAACAUUAUUAUUCUGGUCCCAAAGAGGAAACAGAGAACAAUCCCAAAGCUAUUAGAGCAAAUACUUUAUAGUAAAACCUGAAUAUUGGAUGACGUGUUCCUCCAGGAAGCACUUACUAGAUAUGCAUUCAGUUAUGUUCAUCCAAUAAUAUGUUCAACAACCCUUCUUAUUUGUAAGUGUUAUUUUUAAACAUUUCUUUCAAAAUAUUUAUCACUCAUUGCGAUGCUCAGUGAAAAUAUAGCUACCUAUGGAUGAAGCCGAUAAACGUCUUCUGCAGACAGGGAACAAAAGAAAAUCUGAAUAAUUUAUAAUUCUGUAAGUUGUCUGUGUAUGGACUAUAGGGUCUCUCAGAAUGUCCUGGAAGUUCACCAGAGUCUCUGUUGUGUUUGCUCCUCUGGCCGGCAUAUUUUAGUGAUGCACAAGCAAAGGUUAAAUAGGAAAGCAUUAUUUUGUAUUUUCGUUUCCUAGGAGUCCUGCUAAUAUUCUUUUUUUAAAAAAAUCUGUGAAACUAAGCCUUUAAGGUGAAAGUUAGAAACUCUACUUAAGCAAAGGCUAAGAUUUAUUUAUCCCAGCCCUCGGGAGCUAAACCAGGAAUAAUAAGCAGAACGUUCAGUGGGUUUUGAUUAAAUAUAAAGAAGAUGAAGUGUGAGUUGCAAGCAGUGCAGUGGGCAUGCACACAGAGUUACAAACUUUCCACAUCUGGAAACACUUAUCUGGAGGGUAUUUGACCAUCUUUAGGCAUGCCACUAGUAGGGACUGAUGAUGGGAAGGGGCUGCAAUUACAUUGUUAUUUUCUUUACAUCCUUUGGAAAAUGGCUUUGUCUGUCUGGUGGCAGCAUUUGAUCUUUAAAAAUUCAUGAGAACUUUGAUUUCAUAAAAAACAUCACUUUAUACACAAGGAAGCUUGAAACCUUGGAGGGGGUGGUUUUUGCUUCUCAUUCUAAAAAAAAAUAAUAAAACUAAGCACAGAUUCAAGAACUCAAAAAAGGAGCACACAUAAGGAGAUAAAAAUUCAAAAUUCUUCUGAAAACAUUUUGGGUGUUGAUGAAUAUUUUUGGACAUUCUCAAGUAAAGCCUUAUUGGAAAUCUUUCCAUUCUUCCAAUAUUGAAAAAAAAAUGCUGUGGUUUGAGAUCCUUAGAAUUAACUGUAACCUAAUCACAGAAGGAAAUUCUGCUCAGGAAUCUUUCGAAGCUCAGUAAAUGUACAUGAAAGGCAUCAUGGGAAAUCCCUUGGCUUCUGGUUCCAGCACGGUAAUUGCAAGGGAAGAAAUUCAGAACCAAACAAUGAGAUAGGUUUCCUCUCUGCUUCCAACGUUCCAGUACCUGGAGGCCAGUGUGUCUGACUUGGCUGCCUUUCUUAGUGGGAGCAAAUGGGUCUCUCUUUUUUCUCAACUCUUUGUUAAGACACAUGUGGCUUUCAAUAUAAAGUAAUUUAAAACAUUGCUUAUUAACAACUUCCAUAAGAUUUUUUAAGUCAGUGCUUUGAUAAUUUGAUGCAUUUUUGACAGUUUUGAGCUUUUACAUCUGACAUCAUUCCAUGGGGGGGAUCAUACAGGUAAGAUAUUCCAGUUGAAUAAAUUGGGUCUCCACAUAGUGAACUCCACCUGCACAGAAUCACACAGUCACAGGGUCCCCACCAGAUUAGGUAACAUUUGAAAUUUCAGACUAAUGUACUCCAAAUUGAUGUUUUCUGGGAAAAUAGUUGUCUACUUUUACCUUCAUUGAAGUUUUAGAUCUGUUGUUCAAAUUUCCAUGAUACAAAGUUUCUCCAUUGGGAAAAAGAGAAUCUACCAGUGGAAAUAAAUUUCAAACACAAAAGUGUUCAAGGUUUGGAUACUGUGGUAGAUUUCAUGAGGAAAAAGCUAGUUCUGGGGUUUGAUGACUUCUCUAUUCUCUCUCUCUCUCUCUCUCUCUCUCUCUCUCUCUCUCUCCCUCCCUCCCUCCCUCCCUCCCUCCCUCCCUCCCCUUCUCUUUCUCCCUCUCUCCCCCUCCUUCCCUCCCUUCCCCGCUCCAUUGAAGGAUAAUAUUAUUUCAGAACACAGUACCAAAAGGUGUUAAGAAUGGCCCUGUCAUUCAAAGCAUGAUUGAUCUCUUUAUGGGAGGGUGUAGGGUCAAAGUUCACCCUACAUAAUCACAUACUUAAACAUUAAGACACUGCUGAGCUUGAAAUGGAAAGAAUAGCUCGCGUCCUCCCAUUAUGAUCGUAUAUUCUGCCAGGAACGCCUAUGAGCAGACUGGUGAAUUUGUACAAGGACAUUUGAUCCUGAGCAAAAAAAAAAAAAAAAAAAAAAAAAAAAAGGCACUGCUAGGUUAGGGAUAAGAAUGUCCCAAGGAGAUUGGUUGAUUGGUACUGUGAGAUCCAUGUUCUAAGGGAUGAAAACAGGCACAAAGAGCUGGUAGCUUUAUUAUGGAAGACUUCUCGUUUCUAAACAUUGUAUCCAGAAAAAUUCAGCUGGGCUUUCUUGAGAAACUAAGUGUUUUUCAACUCUUUCUUCUAGUGCUUAAGUGAAGAUCAAAAAUCAGCUCAUUGAUCGCAGGAAAGUCAAUCCUUAUUUGUGAGGGAACUUGGAAAAUUAUAAUAUUUCCCAGAUUUAGACUGAAGUAAACCUUAGAGCCCAUUUGCUUCCAGGCUCCUGACAGAUGACAACUUCUUAUGAGGAAUCCAGGGCAGGUUUGAAAAAAAAAAUACUAUACAUUGUAAAUAUAGCCCAAAUUCUUCAGAGAUAGAAUCUCUCAAUCUCUCUCUCUCUCUCUCUCUCUCUCUCUCUCUCUCUCUCUCUCUCUCUCACACACACACACACACACACACUUUUUCUACUUGUCCUUUUGGUUGGGAGUGGGGCUUAGAGGAAAGACUGAAGACACCUAUAUAUUUUCUGGCCAUAAAGAGAGCUUUUCUAUUCCUCUCUGUGACUAAAUAAAACUUAAGCUCAUGACAGUAGGCUAGUGUUUCUAUAUUUCUAUUUAAGGGGAUUACAUUCUUAAUUGACCAUUUUCUUUUUUGCCCAUAAUUGUGAUGCCUGAGACAGUUUUCUGCCUGGGGUAGGGAGAAGAGUCAGUGUUCUGAUACUGAGGAAAUGCAUCAUACCCGGAACUCUGCUCUGAGAGAGUUUUUGUAACCCCAUUCUCUCUUCUCUCCUGUGUCACUCCUUGUUAUUGACUUAGGAAAGAAAAAGAUAAGAACAGAGUUAUAAGAAGAGACAAAAAUUUAAAAGGAAAAGAUUCCCAGGCAUGACACAGCUAGAUGACUUCUGUCUUGUACUGGUAGAGGCUCCAUAGCAACUCACAGAGAAUAAACGCACACACUCAACAAACCUUGGUCCUCAUGUAAACCAACGUAGGAGACAAACUUCGGAGAGUGUCUUCAAGGAGUGUUAGCUGGGAAGUUUCAGUCUAUGCAGCCUAGUUUAUCCUGUUCAUUCUCAUGACUGAAGGUGACACUUAGGGCAGGGAAUGGAGGCCACUAAUGGAAAACUUUGUAGUAGAACUCCCGAAGGGUAGGAUGUUAUUUGAGACUUUCCCGAACUGCUCACAGAUUUUUUUUCUUUUGGAGACAGGGUUUCUCUGUGUAGCCUUGGCUGUCCUAGAACUCUGUCUGUAGACCAGCCUGGCCUCAAACUCACAGAGAUCUUCAUGCCUCUGUCUCCUGAGUGCUGUGAUUAAACUCGUGCACCACCAUGUGAGGCCUUGUUCACAGAUUGCUAGCCCGUCAUAAAAGUUGAGGAAAGUAAGAUCAUCUUGAAGAAUUUCAUCUAUAAAACUACAUGUAUUUUCGUCUUAACUAUUCUGAUAGUAGAUUUUGUUAUUUGAGGAUACAAGUCUAGCUCUUCCCCACCCCACCCCCUCCGAAAAUAUGAGCAGUUUACAAGCAACCUCUACUUAAAUGAAAAAAAAAAGCCCAAAGAAAUGGCAGGCCCUGCAUCGUUUGGGUUUUUUGUUGAAGUUCAGGAGCAGUUCUCACCAAUGUGUUCUUCAUAGUUAUGGUGUUUAAAGCAUUUUCUCGUCUGAUGCCCACUGCACCCUUAUAUGCAUUCAAAUGGCUCCUGAUCACUGGAUUUUCUAUCAGUGAUAUUUUUCAUUUCCCACCCUACUCCACACUUCUCACUGGUUGGACUGAGGCACUAACCCAUGCACACACCGGAUUAAUUUGCAGUGCAGUUAGGUAGGCUCUUGUUGCUUGCUGGUAUCCUGAUUGUGAGUUGGGACACAGCAGGAUGUCUGCCCCCGGGGGGAGAGUGGGACGAAUCUGGGGACUUUAAAGGAUAAAAUGUUAGCGCAGUAGAAAACCAUGUAUGGAAAAAGUUAGGGCGCAAAGAAGCCCCGUAUUUGUUAGCUCAGCUCUUUUCCCAAAUUGCCAAGGAUUAUGUGGACCGCCAGCAUUGCUCUGGGGCCCACAGCUAUUUGAAAGGGAGGAAAUGAUUUCUGUGAAGCGCUACGUGGCUGGUAUUGCCAUCAGAAGGAAGAGGUUUGGUAUAUCGAUUUUCCAGAGGGAAAAGGCUCCUCAGGCUUCCCGAGGACCGCCGGCUGGAGGUGGGUCACUCGCGGAGGCUACUACCUGUAUAUGAAGGCUUGGGGUCAUGUUGUAAAGGGCUCAUUCACGCUUUCUGAUUCUGUCUGAUUACAUCCCAGAGCCACGCCACUGCAGAGCUGGCGGCUGCGGGGUGGGGUUUCCCCCGGAAGUAGCAGCUAUGGCAGUGGAAGGGGAAGUUAUAUUUCCAGGUAAAGUGGGAUCCAGAUACUAUGAAGUGGAGGGAGGGUGGGUGGGAAGGGUGGGUUGAGGGAAGGGAAGAAAGGAGGUUUUUUUGUAAUAAAGUCAUAAAGUAUUUUUCCCUAAUUUUCUCGCAUUUCCUAUUUAUAUAAAGAAUCUUGAUCACUGUGUUGCGCUACAGAGAUUUUCAAUGGAUUUAAUUUGGGAGACUGAAUUAAUCUCUGAAAAAGAAAUUGACUAGUUCUACUUACUUUUUGGACACUUUUUCUGUAUUGUGAAUCGUGUGGAAAUGUACAGAAUAAAAAUGAAAUAUAAUAGA